CAAGCGGUGUGUAUCGAAUCUUCAAUUUUUCCGGUCUGGGAGUCGAAGACGGUGUGCCACGUUAUCUCGUGGGGGAUCGUGAAAACCCUCGGAUGGGCCGUAAACGAGGAGAAUUUGCAAGAUCCAAACUACAGAAGAUUCGAGAGUUGAUGAUGAAAAAGAAGGCUGAGGUCGAAGAAGCGCAAGAACAGCUGCAAAAGGUCGAGGAAGAAAGAGCAACACAAGAA